AUGUGCGGGCGCACGGCCUGCUCGCUGGGGGCGGCCAACCUGCGCCGGGCCUGCGCCUAUCGCGACCGGCUGGGCCGGCGGCAGCAGCCCGAGUGGCUGCGGGGGGAGCGCUACCGACCCUCCUACAACAAGGGCCCGCAGUCGUGCGGCCCCGUGCUGCUUUCCCGCAAGCACCUCCAGCAGGAUGCUGACUCCUCCGAGCGGGUGCUCAUGGACAUGCGCUGGGGCCUGGUGCCCUCCUGGUUCAAAGAGGACGACCCCUCCAAAAUGCAGUUCAAGACCUCCAACUGCCGCAGUGACACCAUGCUGAGCAAGUCCUCCUACAAGGGCCCUCUCCUCAAGGGCAAGCGCUGCGUGGUGCUGGCAGAUGGCUUCUACGAGUGGCAGCAGUGCAGCGGGGGCAAGCAGCCCUACUUCAUCUACUUCCCCCAGAGCAAGAAGCACCCGGCCGAGGAGGAUGAGAGCGAUGAGGAGUGGCGGGGUUGGCGCCUGCUCACCAUGGCUGGGAUUUUUGACUGCUGGGAGCCACCGGCAGGAGGAGAGCCGCUGUACACCUACACCAUCAUCACCGUGGAUGCCUCCAAGGACGUGAGCUUCAUCCACCACAGGAUGCCGGCCAUCCUGGAUGGGGACGAGGCCAUUGAGAAGUGGUUGGACUUCGCUGAGGUGCCCACCCAGGAGGCGAUGAAGCUCAUCCAGCCCACAGAGAACAUUGUAUUUCACCCCGUGUCCACCUUCGUCAACAGCGUCCGCAAUGACACACCCGAGUGCCUGGUGCCCAUCGAGCUGGGAGCCCCCAAGGAGGUGAAAGCCACCGCGAGCAGCAAGGCGAUGCUGGGUUGGCUGAAGAGCUCCCAGGAGGGCUCUCCCCAGAAGAAAGAAGACGCUUUGCCCAGGUGGAAGAGCCAGUUCAUCCACAGCCCUUCGCCCAAGAAGAGCAGUGCAGGCGUCCUGCGGCAGUGGCUGGGGCAGGAGGGAGGGCCGGCUGCCAAGAAGCGCAAGGCAUAGGGCUCCAGACCCUGCUUGUCUGCAAAGCUUCCUGAGCACGGUGCAGAACGCCCGUUGGAAGGCUUUGCAGGCACUGCUGGGAUUCUCCAAACCUCUCAGGUGUUGUUCUGCUGUCCUGGGUUGUUGUCUCUGCGUGUCGUUAAAGGUUACUGUUUGUCUUCUCUCAUUUUCUUCUUUUUUCUGUGUUUUUUUUUUUUUGUUAUUAAACUCUUACCUCUUUUCUGCUUAAUCCCAUGUGCAUUCUGCACAAAUUAACACUGCCUCCCUCUAAACGCAGCUGCAGCCCAGAGAUGCCCCCAGUAUGCACUGAGCAUCCCUGGGCCAGGGAGGAGGUGAGGCUGGAGGAGGACAUGGGCUGUGGUUUUUCCACGUUCUCUCUCUGGGACAAGAUCCCAGCCCCAGGCACUGGCCCCUGCCUUGGGGAAGGAGUCAAACACGACGCCUGGAGGAAUGGGGCUGUCCGUGGGUUUCCCUGUAGGGAGCAGGGUGAGAGAGCCGUCGUGGUCACGUUGUUGUACAAUCAUUCUGUUAAUGGGAUUUGAAGACUUGGAGAGGAUUUUCUUGAUCUGUGGAGGGAUGCACUCAGCCUUGCUCCGGGAGGUCGCUUGUUAAAGCCCAGAUAACCAAAGUGCCAUUACAGAACCGUGCGGGGCUGCUGCUUUCGAGGUCAGGGAUUUUGUCAGGGAUUUUGUAAGCAGAGGCAGAUGUUGCCGGCCCAAAGCCUUCCACCGUGGGGCCUGUGCCGGAAAACAGUCCUUAAUUCGUGUUGGAAACAAUAAAACGGGAUUAACUGGCA